AUGAAGGAAUUGCUGGCGGAAAACGGAUUACGCAAUGACUUUGUGGACGAUUUAUUACGCGAGGACACACCAAAUGUUGAAGAAAGUGAAAGCGAGAACGAACAUUCCAUAAACAAUAGCGAACGUAGUGGUAGUGCCGCGGAAAUUCAUCCAGUGACCAUUACACAUUCAAUUGGAAUAUCUUUAACGCGAACAACUACCGUUAUGCCGAACGGGAAUACUGAAAUCGAAAGACAAACCAAUGUGUGUUUUAGCGAAAAUAUCGAUCCAAGUGACGUUGACAUGGACACUCUCAUUCGGGACAUUUUAAGUGAGAUUCCAAUUCAUUUCCGUAAUCAGAGAGACAGGAACGUGUAUGGAGAUUUUUCUCAGUGA